AUGCCGCUCACGCCGGGGGCCGCGGGCCUCUUCCAGGCCUCCACGCCCCUGCCGUCGCCGGGCGUCGCCGCCCCCGCGCAGCAGCGGUGGUGCCCCGGCGAGCCGCUGUGCCUGGAGGAGGCGGGGCUCUUCGCGCAGGGCUCGCGGCUGCCGGAGCUCACGCCGAUCCCCUCGCCGGGCAUCCCGCCGAGCGCGAUGGUCCGCAGGUGGCACGGCGGGGAGGCGCGCCGCGCGGGCCGCACGCCCGUGGGCGAGCCGGCGCCCCCGGGCGAGCCGGCGCCCCUGCUGCCCGCGACGCCCUCGGGGUCCUGGCGCUGCGCGCCCGUGCAGGCCGGCACGCCGGGCUGCGCGCCGCGGCCCCGCGGCGCCGCGCUGCGCUCCCCGUCGGUGCCCGGGGACGCCGCCUCGCUGGCGGGGGAGGAGGUCGAGCACUCGGCGGCCGACAGCACGGCCGACCCCCUCAGCUCCGCCGCCACGGGCUGCUCGUCCUCGGCCAGCCUCGACGCCGCCUCGGAGCACUCCGAGGGCGACGAGCCCCUGCGGCUCCCCAUGAAGGUGGCGCGCUCGGCGGUGGCGCUCGGCGGCGCGCCCGCCGGGGAGGCGAGCCCCUGCGGCGGGGGCCCGAGGGCUAUCCGGCCCUUCUGCGCCGGGGAGCCGCUCACGCUGGAGGACGCGGGCGAGCUGCCGGGCCCGGCGGCGCCGCCGCGCGGGGGGCAGGACUGGCCGACGCCGCUCGUGGUGCGCAACACGUUCCUCCAGGCGCCGACGGCGCCGCCCACGCCGGCUGGCGCAGCGGCGGCCGCGCGGGCCAGGUCCCUGCCCCGGGACAGGUCGGCGCGGCUCGGCGGCUGGGACGCCGCCUCGCCCCGCGCCACGCGGCACCCGCCGCGCUCCCCGGCGGGCGCGCGCCGCGAGGAGUGCUCGCGCGGCGCCCACGGCGCCGCUGCCUCUGUGCCCCCCAGCCCCGCGCUGACCGCAUCGCCCGGCGGCGUCGGGUGGCGCCCGCACACGCCCGGACCCGCCCACGCCGUGCUGCGGCUGGCGGACCUGAUCUAG